AUGGCGGUGCCUUCUAUUCCCCGGAAGCUUUGGCAGCAUCCAGACCCAGAAUCGACGCAGAUGGGUCGGUUUCGGCGCGAUCUAGAGCACGCGACGGGGAAGCAAUUCAAUUCCUUCUACGAGUUGUACCUCUAUUCGGUCCAGCAGCGCUCUGCUUUCUGGGCCUUCUGCCUGGAAAAUUCCCCACUCAUCUACGAAGGCACUUACACCAGAGUCGUGGACGAGUCCGCCCGGAUGGAUAGCGUGCCCGCCUGGUUCACAGGGAUACAGCUAAAUUUCGCCGAGAACCUGCUCUUCUCGCGCGGUGCGGGGGAUACCACGGGCAAGGAGGACCAUAAGAUCGCCGUCACCGAAGUUCGAGAAGGCGAUGUGAAAAACGCCGUCCACCUCACCUGGGGCCAGCUGAGACAGCGGACGGGUGCGUUGAGCCAGGCGAUGAAAGCCAAUGGGGUUGCUCGGGGUGACCGGGUCGCGGUCUGCUCGGCGAACAGCAUCGAUACGCUACUCGUGUUUCUAGCCUCGACGGCCAUCGGGGCGAUAUUCUCGUCCAGCUCAACAGAUAUGGGAGUCAAAGGUGUAUUGGACCGGUUGUUGCAAAUCAAGCCGCGCUGGCUGUUUAUGGAUGACUCGGCCGUCUACAAUGGGAAGACGAUUGAUUUGCGAGCCAAGAUGCGAGACAUUGUGCAAGGCAUGGGUUCGGUGGCCGAGUUUCAGGGCGUCGUGUCGCAGCCACGAUUCCCAUCGAUCCCGGCGGAUGUAAGCAGUGUCCCCAGAAGUAGGACGUUAGGUCACUUCCUGGCCAGCGCAGGUCCGGGCAACAACCGUCUCGAGUUUGUGCGAGUUGGAUUCCGCGAUCCCCUGAUGAUCGUGUAUUCGUCUGGCACGACUGGUCAGCCGAAGUGUAUUGUGCAUUCCGUGGGUGGGAUCCUGCUGAAUGGCUUCAAAGAAGGUGGUUUGCACACGGAGCUCGGGCCGGACAGUGUGGGAUUGCAAUAUACCACGACCGGAUGGAUCAUGUAUCUGUCGGCUGUGCAGACCCUGCUCUUUGGAGCGCGGGUGGUGUUGUAUGAUGGCAGUCCCUUCAUCCCGGAUGUGACAGCACUGGUUACCAUUGCAGCGCAAGAAAGGGUGACCCAUCUGGGCAUCUCUCCACGCUGGCUGCACGAGCUGCAGCGGGCGAAGAUCCGACCCCGUGAGAUGGUCGAUCUGAGCGCAUUGCAGGUGGUGACGAGCACUGGCAUGGUGCUUCGCGAUGAGCUGUUCGAGUGGUUCUAUGAUGAAGGAUUUCCCACGCACGCACGGCUCAACAACAUCUCCGGUGGCACCGAUCUGGCCGGGUGCUUUGGUAUCAGCAACCCGCUAGGGCCUGUGUAUGUGGGUGGAUGUGCCGGGUUCAGUCUGGGCAUCCCCGUGGAGGUCUACGAUUCCACGAUCGAGGGCGGCGUGGGCAUUCCGGGCGUGAGCAUUGAAGAUGGCAUCCCGGGCGAGUUGGUUGCUCCCUUGACGUUUCCCAACAUGCCGACGCAGUUCUGGGGUGACACCGAUGGCAAGAAAUACUUCAAUGCCUAUUUUGCGCGAUUCGAUAAUGUCUGGACCCACGGUGAUUUUGUCUCCGUCCACCCGAUCACCAAACAAUUAGUCUUUCACGGCCGUGCCGACGGGGUCCUCAACCCUUCCGGCGUGCGAUUUGGCUCGGCGGAGAUCUAUCGGGUCAUUGAGGGCCAGUUCUCGCAAGAGAUCGCGGAUUCGAUUUGUGUGGGCCAACGCCGGCCGUCCGACCCCGACGAGCGAGUCAUGCUCUUCCUACUGAUGAAGCCGGGCAUGGCAUUCACCUCCGAUCUUGUGGCACGUAUCAAGAGCGCCAUUCGGGCCGAACUUAGCGCCCGCCAUGUCCCGACUUUCAUUUUCGAGACACCCGAAAUUCCCACGACGGUGAACUUGAAGAAAGUGGAGCUUCCCAUCAAACAAAUAGUAUCCGGCAAGCGGAUCCAGCCCUCGGGGACGCUGCUCAACCCGGGCAGCCUGGAAUUUUAUUACCGCUUUGCCGAAGUGGAGAAGCUUGUGCGCGAGAGUAAACUUUAA